CCUCACGCCGCGCGCCUUGUCUGGGCAGUUCCCCCAACAGGCUUUGGGAGGCGACCCUUUUGUCGGGCUCACUUGGUGUCACUCCCCCGCUUACCUCACCUUACCUUUUUUUGUCUUUUCCUGUCGCCAAUCUCUUUGGAAGGUUCAUAAUAGAAGGUGGUCGACCCCAGGCAUUGAUAGAUUCUUCUCUUUGCUGCGGAUCGUCAUUCCGGAAAACUACUGCUUCCGUAUAUCGUUGGCCUGGGCACUGACUCUUUUCCUAAAAGAACUCACAGGAAACGGAAACCAGUUCUAUUCGCAGAUCUGAAGUUCAGCACGGUAGCACAGCUUGAGAUUUCCUGUACAAGAAGGGAGAGCUUUCUCGGACGAAACCCCUUGACCCUAUUCAAAACCGGCCAGAUACCCAGAAAGGGAAAUCCAAGAAUGGCCGGAGACCGCCCCCAAACACUGCUCGACAAGCUGCGCUCCCUGGGCCAGGUUGACUGCGACACUUUCGACGUCGAAGUCGCCAAGAAGCUAGGGCCUUUUGUGGAUUGUACUUCCAACCAGGCCAUCGCCUACCACGAGCUGAUCCGCAUCACCGCGGACUCGCUCCCCGUGAACGGCAACAGCACAAACAAGGAGGAGAAGGAGGAGGUGCGAGUCCACGAACAGCUCAUCCGGGACUCUGUGGCCUGUGCCGCGACCCUGCCUGACAAGGGGGGGAAGCUAUUUGGUGCUGACGUCGUCGGCGCCGCCGAGCUCGCGGUCGAGGUCAUGAUGGUCAAGCUGGCGCUGCGCAUCGUGCCGUAUCUGUCGGGCUACUCGCACGUGCAGACGAAUCCCAAGUAUGCGUACGAUCAGGGCAAGACUGUCGAGAAUGCGAGACGCAUAAUCGAGAUCUUCAAGCUCCUGGACCCGUCCUACGACGCGCAGAACCGCGUGUGCAUAAAGAUCCCCGCGACGUGGGAGGGCAUGCAGGCGUGUCGUGAGCUCGAGUCGCCCUCUAGCAGCAGUGGCGAGGUGAGAAUUGCCACGCUCGCGACGACCAUGUUCUGCAAGGAACAGGCCCUGCUGGCCGCGCAUGUCGGGUGUACUUAUAUCGCGCCGUACAUCAAUGAGCUGAGGGUGCACUUUGAUCCUGGCUUCGUCGACGAAGCCAAGGCAUUCGCCUUCUCUGCCACGGCGCAGGCGUACUACGAUGCCCACGCGGACACCAUCAAGACCCGCUUGCUGCCCGCGAGCCUGACCUCGAUCCAGGAGGUCAUGAUGCUCGCCGGGUCGCACCACAUCACCGUCUCCCCGCCACUGCUGGCCAAGCUCGCCGAGACGCCCGCGGACCCGUGGGCGGACGCGGAGCUCACGGGCUCGGUGAUGGGCACGAGCGAAGUGAAGCAGGCGGCUCAAGGAUGGGGCACCAGCGAGGAGGACAAGGCCAUUCUGAAGGAUGAAGGGAAGUGGAAGGAGGCGUUUGCGAAGAGCAUGGGCGGCAAGGCCCAGGCCAAGAUUGUCCAGGCUGUGGAGAUCUUUGGUGAGAAGCAGGAGGGGUUGGAGGAGAUUGCGCGUUCGGUGGCGGGAGGUUGAGUCCGAAUGUGAGGUCUAGCUUCUGUACACUUCGCCCUUCGAUUCCACUCCCUGCGGAUUAUUGCAAGCUCGAACUUUGCAAUUUUAUGGCCGGACAGGUCGAAAUGGACACGCCCUCUCAGCGCUCGCAGCCCACCGUGUCAUCCACUCAACUGACUUUGCAGAGGACCCGCCACCGAACACUCUCGCGCAGCUCAUUAACUUCAUUAAGGAACCAGGCAUAGGAGUGCCCGUGGAAACUGCUCGACGAGGACGUGGACCAAUAGUCAUCAUGGAUGGCGGUGGAUGAAUGUGUAGAAAGUGUCAAUGCCGUAAAGUAGAGCAAAGGCGAGUAGCUCGGCCAGUGCAGCCUCGUCCUGUAUGAAGUGCACUUCACAGAAC